GGGGCUCCGGUACCUGUCUCCCGCUAUCCCGGCACAGCUGUCGGCCUCGGCACCUUCCUCUCCACGUCGCCGCCCGUUCCGCUUCUGCCGCGUCACGACCAGCCGGCUGUUUCUCCCCAGCGGUCGUUUUUUUGAAUGGUACAAGUUUUUAUAAAUGUUUGCGUGAAGCAAAGAAGAGGAAAGAUGGCGUCCACAAAACAAAAGAUGAGCAAAAACAAGGACGAUGUGCCCUGUGAAUUGGAGAGCCAGUCCAUACUCCGACUGCCUCCGGAAUAUGCUUCUACUGUACGGAGGGCAGUCCAGUCCGGAAGUGUUGCCCUGAAGAACCAGCUCACCAUUGAGUUGCAUGCAGAUGGGCGCCAUGGGAUCUUGCAUGUUGACUGUGUCCUGUUAGCUGCCAAGCUGGUGGACUUGCCUUGCAUCAUAGAGAGCCUAAAAACCAUUGAUAAGAAAACUUUCUAUAAGACUGCAGAUGUUUGUCAGAUGCUUGUGUGCACUGUGGAUGGUGAAUUGUACCCCCCUUUGGAAGAGCCAGCUGCAAGUACAGACCCUAGAGCCAACAAGAAGAAGGACAAGGAUCGGGAGAAGUUCAUUUGGAACCACGGCAUCACUCUCCCAUUGAAGAACGUGAGGAAGAGGCGGUUUAGAAAGACAGCCAAGAAGAAGUACAUCGAGUCUCCUGAUGUGGAGAAGGAAGUGAAGUGCCUGCUGAGCAUGGAUGCUGAAGCUGUCAGUGUCCGCUGGGAAAUCAUUGCAGAAGAUGAAACAAAAGAAGCAGACCACCAUGGUUCCCUCACAGGCUUGGAUAUUUCUUCCCCGGGGAUGUCCGGACACAAGCAGGGCCACGGUUCAUCAGAACAUGAUGAACUCAGAGAGAUAUUUAUUGACAUCAGUAGCAGUAGUGAAGAUGAAGACGAGAGGGAUCACCAUGACGAUGAAGACCUAAACAUCAUAGAUACAGAAGAAGAUCUGGAGAGGAGGUUGCAAGGCAAGCUGAACGAAUCAGAUGGACAGCAGCAAGAAAAUGAAGGGACCAACCAGAUAGCACUGGGGAUCCAGAAGCAGAUCGACAAUCUGAAAGACACGCUUCAAGAGACUCAGGAGCGCAGGAAGCGCCAAGAAGAUCUCAUUAUGAGGGUAGAGAACCUGGCUCUCAAGACCCGUCUCCAAGCUGUGCUGGAUGAGUUCAAACAGCAAGAAGAGCGUGAGAAGCAGGAGUUGGCCUCUCUUCAGGAGCAGCUGGAAGCCCUCAUGGAGAAGUGAGGCUGGAGCUGAAAC